AUGUCUACCAACAUCACCUUCCACGCCAGCGCCCUCACCCGCAAGGAGCGCACCGAGCUACGCAACCAGCAGGGCCUCACAAUCUGGCUGACCGGCCUGUCCGCCUCAGGAAAGUCCACCAUAGCCGUGGAACUGGAGCACCAGCUGGUCCGCGACCACGGCGUGCACGCCUACCGCCUCGAUGGCGACAACAUCCGCUUCGGCCUGAACAAGGACCUGGGCUUCAGCGAAGCCGACCGCAACGAGAACAUCCGCCGCAUUGCAGAGGUCGCCAAGCUCUUCGCGGACUCGAACUCGAUUGCCAUCACCUCGUUCAUCUCGCCCUACCGCAAGGACCGCGACACAGCCCGCCAGCUGCACGAGGUCGCUACUCCUGGCGAGGAGACUGGUUUGCCGUUCGUUGAGGUUUACGUUGAUGUCCCCGUUGAGGUUGCUGAGAAGCGUGAUCCUAAGGGUCUUUACAAGAAGGCUCGGGAGGGCGUUAUUAAGGAGUUCACCGGUAUCUCGGCUCCUUAUGAGGCUCCUGCUAACCCUGAGGUUCAUGUUAAGAACGAUGAGCUUCCCGUUCAGGAUGCUGUUAAGCAGAUUAUUGAGUACCUUGAUUCCAAGGGAUAUCUGCCUAAGAAGAACUAA